AUGAAUAGUAAUAGUAGUGGUAGUAGUAAUAACCAAGAAAUUAAAAAAGAUCUAUUGAUUAAUGUUGAUAUACAAUAUCAAUAUCCAUCGCUCCCGACUGGUUGUGAGGUGACCUCUGUCUCGAUGCUUUUAAAGCAUUGUUGUAAGGGUGAUGACAACGAUCAAGAUAGAUACUCGAAAGAGGUACUUGCAGAGCAAGUAGGAAAAGAACAAGAUCCGUGUCAGGAUCAUAUCUCAUUGGUCGGUGGCAAUCCAUAUAGGGCAUUCGUUGGCCUACCCACAUCGAAACUAUCAUUCGGAAUGUUUCAUCAACCCGUUUAUCAUCUAAUCGAUAAUCAAUUUAAUAAUAGUAAUGACAACAACAACAACAACAACAACAGUAAUUCAUUAAAAGCAAUAGAUCUAACAGAUAAAUGUAAUGAUUUGGCAAAUAUUAAAUAUCCAUUAAAAUUAAAUGAAUCAGAAGAGUAUAUAAAAAGUAGAUUGGAUCAUUUCGAAACAGAAACAACAAGUGGUAGUGAUGAUGAUGAUGAUGAAUCUGAUAUAGAAAUAUUGAAAAAUCAUUUAAAUAAAUAUAACUAUCCUAUUAUUAUAUGGAUGACAUUGGAAUUAAGAAAACCUAGUAUCACCGAUACAUGGAUCGAUGUAAACGUACCCGAGAAUGAAAUUCAUUGGGUAAGUCCAGAGCAUUGUGCAUUAUUAGUUGGUUACAAUGAAAAUGAAUUCAUUAUAAACGAUCCACAUACAGGCAAAGUAGAAUAUUACAACAAAGAUUUAUUCUUAAAAAGAUGGAGACAAAUGGGAAGACAAGCUGUUUCAAUCAUUCAAUAA